AUGACCUCUCCUUAUCAAUACACACCGCUACCCACCCCCAAAUCAAUCCGCCUCAUCCGCCUCCGCAACACCGCAGACAAAGACUCGCCCCUAGAAUGCGAAUUCCAAGAGACCUCCCUCGAUGACCCGGCAGAGUACACGGCGCUCUCCUAUACCUGGGGAGGCGAAAGCGCAAACGUCCCUCUCGCAGUGAUGAACAGCAGCGGCGGCGGCGCUCCUCCUCUUCCUCCUCCUGCUCCUCAUCAGCCCCUGCUCAUGGUGACGCCCAACUGCGCCGCCGUGCUGAAGAUACUGCGCGACCCCCGGAUCCGCCUCUCGCUCUGGGUCGACGCGGUCUGCAUCAACCAGUCCUCCGACGAGGAGAAGAGCGUGCAGGUUAGCAUGAUGGCGGAGCUCUACCAAAAGGCAAAGUACGUCUUUGUCUGGCUCGGGAACGAGUGGGCGCCAGCGUCGACACGUGCAUUGUAUGGGGGACUCCCGAGGGUUGGGGAUGACCAGGAACAAGCACUCGACCCGCAAGUCUUAUCGGUGAUCCAACGAGCACCAUACUGGCUCCGGGUCUGGACCCUCCAAGAAGCAGCCUACGUAAACUCGUUCCUCCUCUGCCGCGACGGCGGCGGCGUAGGCCUCGCCAAAGCCCUCCGCAAGUGGGGCGACGCCCACCGCAGCCACCCGGACCCGAACCAGCUGGCAAUCAACAUGCGCCGCAAAAUCAUGUCAUCACUCCCCCCCGAGGCAGAAGAGGAGGAUGAGACAGAGCGCCGCGGCAAGAUCAACGUCUACCAACUGAGGAUGCUCCUCUACCUCAAAUCCACGGAACCCCGCGAUAAAAUCUACGCCCUGCGUGCCGUGUUCCCUGAUACCUUUGGGAAAGUCGGGGUGAACUACCGGCAUCCGGUCGAGGAGGUCUACCUCGAGGCGACGAAGCGGCAUAUCCUGGGCCAGGCUGCUCUAAGCCAUCUACUCCUCCUCGGAGGCGGCGGCCGCGAAAGCGGCAUAUCAACAACACCAAGUCCCUCCCCCCUUUUGUCAGCGUUACCCUCCUGGGCUCUCGACUGGAGCACAGAAGUGCCCGACGGAAGGAUCCUGCUGGACGUGCCGGCAGCAGCAUCCCGUGGAAGCCGGCCAUACUACAGAUUCUCAGACGACUCCCGCACGCUAUUCCUCAGAGGCAGGACCGUGGCGCGACUGGGCGACCGCAUCAGUCCCAAGCUCCCCAUCAUCAACCUAUCGUUCGUCUUGGCCGAUAAAAAGGCAGAGUUCACCGCCUGGGUCCACGAGGCCAUGCGCAUCUCUCGGGCGUUUAUGUCGGAUGUGUUAUUACCACCACCACCGGCCGGGGCGAGCGACAAUGAUCGCGCAAGCGGAUUCGUGACGUUUCGAAGCGUUCAAGCCCUCCUCGUAAGGAUCCUAGAAGCGAACGAGCGGACUAAAGAGGAGGCCGUAUCGCUGAGUGUCAUUGAAACCGUCGAGGCGCUGGCGGCGGCGGUGUCUUCCUCGCAAUCGUCUGCCAUGUUGAUGAUAUCCAACGUGAACGCGGCGCUGGGUUCAGGGUGUAUGUUCUUGACGUCGCACGGGCGCUUCGGGUUCUGCGUGGCAGAGCCGGUGCCAGGUGACGAGAUCUGUAUCUUUUCGGGAUUGGAUUUCCCUCUUGUCGUUCGUCCCCAAGGAACCGGGUAUGUGAUUGUAGGCUACGGCAUCGUGGACGGGGUCAUGGAUGGGGAGUUGUGGCCUAAUGACGAGAGCGAGUUGACGGAAUGGCCUUUGGUAUAG